CCAUCAUCGUCAUCAUUAAACUAUCCUGAGGCAUUAUGGGAAGACAGAAGCUGUUCCUGGAAAAAAUGGCUCAGAUCUUUCAGGUUCGGAACAAGCUGAUGCGACAGGCGCUGGCAGAAUGUCUAGGCACCCUCAUUCUAGUGAUGUUUGGUUGCGGUGCUGUUGCCCAGUUGGUACUUAGCGGAGGCUCUCACGGAAUGUUCCUGACGGUAAAUUUCGCUUUCGGAUUUGCUGCCACGCUGGGGAUCCUCAUUUGUGGGCAAGUCUCUGGAGGUCACAUAAACCCUACGGUGACCUUUUCCCUUUGCUUGUUGGGGAGGGAACCCUGGAGGAAGUUCCCCGUGUAUUUCCUGGGCCAGACUCUGGGGGCUUUUCUUGGCUCAGGAAUAAUAUUCGGCAUGUAUUUUGAUGCACUGUGGGAUUAUGGGCAGGGGUCUCUGGUUGUUGUCGGGGAUAACGCAACAGCUGGGAUUUUUGCUACAUACCCCUCCAAACACCUCACUUUGCUCAAUGGCUUUUUUGAUCAGAUGAUAGGCACUGCAGCUCUGAUCGUGUGUAUCCUGGCAAUCAUCGACCCCUACAAUAACCCCGUCCCAAGAGGAUUGGAGGCCUUCACCGUGGGGUUUGUGGUUCUGGUGAUCGGUCUAUCCAUGGGUUUUAACUCAGGUUACGCUGUAAACCCAGCCAGAGAUUUGGGACCUCGACUUUUUACUGCACUUGCUGGAUGGGGCUCAGAAGUCUUCACAGCAAGCUCUUUCUGGUCUCUUGUACCCAUCUUUGCCCCGUUCAUUGGUGCUGUGAUUGGUGUGAUGGUGUAUCAGCUGAUGGUGGGAUACCAUGUGGAAGGAGAAGAAAGAGAUAAAAGAGAAGCCGUGGAAACAGAAGAGACAGAAAGAAUCAAACUCUCUGCUGUUUCUGAGAAAGAAAAUGCAUAAGCCUGAGCACACACUGUAUUUUGCAGUUCCGUUCAGCCACGAAAAUAGUAUUCAUGUUUACCAACUUUUGAUAGCGGUUGAACUGCUGUGACUUUGAUAUCAUGAUUAAACAAAUUAGGCUUGUAUUAUUUUCUCAUGCACAAUCAGUUGAUGUCCCCCAAAUUAUUGAAGCACAAAUUACUUUUAAUGAAUUGCAAAUUGUUGUUUUUAUACAUAACCUUUCAUUAUCUUUUUUCAGUUUAUUCAAAUAUUUGCCCAAUCAUAACCUUAUUAAUUCAACCUGCAGUCCCUAUUCAUUCAAUGCUUAUAUCUACAUUGGUGAUUAUGAAUAAGGGAUUUGUGAAAAUGUGUACCCCUCUGUCCUUAUGAAUACUAUAAUGAUAUCAAAUAUGAAUGUCUUGAUGAAUAAUAUCACAUUAAUGGAAACUUUAGGAUCACUCCAUCUUUUUAACAGUGCAAUGAUAUAUAUGCGGUUUUUCAUUUCUAUAUCCAUUAUCAUGUCGCUCUUUUAAAGUACUUAAAGGUCGUAUUUACAUGUCUGUUUUGGUUUUGGCACUAUGUACAUCAUUGUUUGACCUGCUUUAAAACAGAAUUUUCAUAAAGCUUUCAGCUUUUGGUUUUAUGUUUAGAUGGAGCUGCAGAUGUAUCUCUAACAUUAUAUUUUUGAGAUAGCAUGUGCAAAAUUGUUGUUGGAAAACAAUAAUUUCAGGGGAUGUUUUUGAUGUCCAUUUCAUGUAGUUUCUUAGUACGUAUAAGCAUCAUUUAGUCCAACAACGCAUCAGGACUUCAAGUAGAAAAUCAAGGUCAAGUCCACUGUGAAAAUGUAAUGGUUUGGUUGAAAUGAAUUGUGGACUUAAAUUGUGGGCGUAAAUCUAAUGCCUCAUUCACAGGAACCAUCUGAAAAUUCAAUAAAAGAUAAUGAAGUGUUGUAUCUGACAUGUCAACUUCAUGUACUGGAUACUGCAAUCUAAUUCCUAACACAAAAUUUAGUCUCAUCGCAUAAAGUUACAUCACGCACAAGUAUGCAAAUUUUCAAGUUUUGUAUGCAUUGAUCGCAACUGAUUCUCAUGUAAAUCUUUUACGUGGAAAGGAAAGGCUCAGUGAAGGGGAAAAUAAGAGGAAUGAAAUAGGAAUGAAAAUAAGAGGUGUGUUUAUUGGGAUGAGAUGGAUGGAGAUAACCCAGACCAUGAAUCUUAAAUCAAUGAGCGCUCAUGGAGUCGGUUCAUAGGUUUGUGGAAAAUGAAUGGAGAUGUUAAGAGGAGUAUUUGGGAAAUAGAGUUUGGGAAUAUGCAAUGAAAAUUGAGGCAAACAUUUGAGGCUUUUGAAACCAUUAAACAAAUUUUCUACUUGUGUAUGAAUUUGAUA